GACAUCGUUGUGGGGGGGACGGACACAACGGCAACACAGUCGAGUGGGUAAUGACAGAGAUUUAGCGGAAUCCAGAUGUAAUGAAAAGGGUGCAACAAGAAAUAACAAAUGUUGUCGGGAUAAACAACUCUGUGGAAGAAUUCCAUGUUGCGAAACUGAAGUAUCUGUAUGCAAUUGUGAAGGAAACGUUCCGCCUACAUCCCCACUUCCCCUCUUGGUCCCAAGAAUUUCGAGCGAAUCUUGCAUAGUCGGGGGAUAUACCAUACCAAAGGGUUCUCGUGUCUUUCUGAAUUCAUGGUCAGUGCAAAUGGAUCCACAGAUUUGGGAGAAUCCAUCGGAAUUUAUGCCGGAGAGAUUUUUGAACGGCGACAGUGGCAAAUUAUGCGACUAUUUGGGAAACAAUUUUGAAUAUCUUCCAUUUGGAUCGGGAAGAAGGAUAUGUCCCGGCCUUCACCUGGCAGAGAAAUUGGUAAUGUACGUCCUAGCUUCGCUUCUGCAUUCAUUUGAUUGGAAAAUACCAGAGGGCAAAAAUCUUGAUGUCUCAGAGACAUUGGGAAUUAUCAUGAGGAAAACCGAACCAUUAUUUGCUAUUCCUUCUCCGAGAUUGUCUAAUUUGAGUCUGUAUGCAUAAUCAUGUUAUAUAUUGAACAUUAGGCGGCUUGAUAUUUAGUUAAUCCGUAUGCCAUGUGUUCAGUUCUAAUGGUUAAUUACAAGUGUGUACCAAUUGUGAAAAAUAAUAAAGUGGUCCCCCAUUAUCGUUUUC